CAAAAUGACCGAAGAGAAUAAAUCGGGUUCUUUAGGGUUUUUUUCGAGUUACGACGAUUUGAGCGACAGUAGCAGCGACUCGGACGAGGAGCGAGACGGAGGAAAGAAGAAAGCGGGGACCUCAGCUCAGGAAAGCGGGGACCAGUCGUCCCAACAGGCRGCCAAGCGGACCGGAGCUCCUUUACCCAGACCCGACGAGCUGUUCAGCUCCGUGUCCAAACCUGCCUUUCUMUAUAACCCGCUGAACAAGGAGAUAGACUGGGACAGCCUGACGGUCAAACCGCCCGAAGAGCCUGACCGAGAGUUCAAGCCGUGGAAGACGAACGCUGUGCCGCCUCCUGAGAGCUACGCUGCGGAGCCUGAAAGGAAGAAGGGGCCUCCUCCUGGAAUGGACAUGGCGAUAAAAUGGUCCAACGUGUACGAGGACAACGGUGCAGACGCGCCGCAGGCYUACACCGGCAAAGCUCGCUUCUUACCCACAGAGGAGCAACCUUCUGACUCUGAUGAGGAAUCAUCGCAGUCUGCUCUGUCUGCCAAGAAACGUCGAGUAGAGAGCUUUCAGCAGAAGGAAAAGAGGAAGAGGGAUUUGGGACAAGCCACCUCUGACAAGAACUUUGUGGAGGAGGAGAAAAGGAUCCUCAGGCAAAAAGUGGAGUGAWGCACAAACAGUUUUUGAUGGAAAACAUCGUUACAGCUGCAGACAACAUUCACAAAUGUCCGUUAUUUUUAUCUACAUAGCCAUGUGCUGUCAUUUGUGAAAGAAUAGUGAUUUUUUUCAAAUCACAGAGCAAUCAAAGCUUUAAAUGAAUACAAAGAGUGCUGAAUAUUA